CAGGAAAUGUAGGAAAUAUUACGAAUUCGUCUUCAAGAUCGCUUUUCGUAUGGCAGACCCUUUGAUGAUUCGAUUGAAAUAUAUAAAGGGAGGAUUUUUAAAAAAAUCAAUCUCAUUAUAUUCAAUUGAAAGAAAGCUUUUUUAUUAAAACAUCUUACAUGGAAAUUAUAUUCUAAAAUUCCCGGCGAUAAAAGAUUUUUUAUAUAAGAAGAAACUGUGAUCAUGGGGUGCAGUGAUUCCAGACUAGAUGAUAGUAGGGAUUUUCCAGAUAAAUCCAGCGAGGCACCGCCGGCUAACCAUCCUGUUAUAUUUACCAAUAAUACAGAACCCACGCCCCCUAAAACACUUAGAAAGGACAUUAUACCAUCUUUAAGAGAAUUUGCGGAAAUUGAUGAGCACGCUAAAUCGGUACCUAGUUCUGUGAGAUUAUCUCCCCCUACAUUAGUACAGUAUUUAGUUGGACCAUGUACCAGAGAUCUGGAUGUUAUUCGAGUAUUUUAUGUGUGGAUCUGUACUAAUAUCAAUUAUGACGUGGACAGUUAUUUUGGUAAAAGAAUGCCUAGAAAUGAUCCUCAGUCUGUUCUUGAUUCUAAACUAGCCGUCUGUCAAGGAUACAGUGAACUGUUUGCUCUUUUCUGUAGGAUCGCUAAAUUACCUAAUAGAAUACUGACAGGUCAUUCGAAAGGGUUUGCAUAUAAUCCCGAAAGACCAUUGACUCCAGAUACGGUAACAAAUCAUGCAUGGAAUGUAGUGUUUGGCCAAGGCAGCUGGAGAUUUAUAGAAUGUACAUGGGGAGCUGGGCGAAUGACAAAGGAAGGGAAAUUUGAGAAGAAGUACACUGACCGACAUUUUAUGAUGGAUCCAGAUAAAAUGAUCAACGACCACUUUCCGAUGUUGGAGAGAGGCGAAGAGCCUAGCGCACCCUGGCAGCUGCUACGAGAACCGAUUACGCUGGAAGAGUUCAGUGAGCGAACGAAAUUUUACGAAGCAGGCAUAGACUGGGGUUUGGAUGUGCAUCCUCACCGAAACUAUAAACAUGAAACUAGUGACGAGGUUGAAAUAAAACUCAGGACAACAGUCGUUCCUCUCUGUGAUGUCGGUGGUAAACUUUACGAUAGGAAAGGCAAGGAAUGCAAUAAUUAUUUAAUGGUUCAAAGGUUAGCCAAUCAUGUGUUUAAAGUAACUGUUCGACCUCCUGAAUCCGAAAAGUACACCCUGUCUUUGUUCGGUAGGAUAUCUCCCAAAGAAGAUGGUCCUUACGCAAAUCUUGUAGACUUUAUGGUUCAGGGGAACGACAUCGAAGGGAAGGUGGAUCCUUAUCCAGAUCAAUUUGGCGCUUGGGGUGUUGACGACCCUACCAAAUAUGGGCUAGAUGAAAGCAUGAAAUAUAAUACCUUAUACGUUAGCUAUAAUGGACGAGUGAGUCUUCCUGUUCGGACAACUGGCGACGCCACGUUCACUUAUAAACUCUCUCAUGCGGAAAAAUACAUUGAAGAUGCUGAAGAUUAUGUCAUUCGAGAGUUCCAGAAGAAUCUCAUGGUGCUUCACAUGAGGUUCCCAUAUAAGGGAUUUUAUAUCAUUAAACUAUAUUCAAAGACUGAACCCGAUCAGAAAGUGUUUGAUCAUGCUGCUAACUUGCUAAUUGAGUGUCAACAGCCGGCGGAUAUUGGCGCUUUCCCUAAAACAUUUGGUGAAACGACCAAACAGGCUUGCAUUCUUCUAGAACCAGGCGAAAGAGACUUGCCGACAGAUACACCCAUAACAUUUACAAUAGAGUCGCCUCUCUUAAAAUGCGCUAUGGUAAAAUCGGCUGCUGGUUCUAAAAGCAUGGCUCCAGCUGGUAAAUACGAAUGGACAACUACUAUAACAACCCCUGUUGAACCAGAUGAAAAGAUUGGAAUAUAUGGUAGCCCGAUACCCAAUAAAUAUAUGUCACUAUUCCAGUUCAAAACAGUAGCACCCGAACCUCCUGCUCGCAGAGCUCGGAUAGAAGAUACGUCCGAAAUUAAAACUCCGCCCCAACCCCCUCCAUCGUCUAAAUCUACCGAAAAGUCUUCUAAGGAGUACAACGAAUUUCCUGAUUUUCCCUCGGGUCCUUCUCGAAAUUCAAGAGUAACCACAACUACAACUUCUGCAAUUUAGAUUUUUACAGAUUCUUUUUUAAAAAAAAUUCUUUGUUAUUAUCCAUAUUAGGAUUAAGAAAGUCUUCUAAUAUCUCUGGCAUUGGCCGAGAAAGUUCAUCCCGAUUUUCUCCGACGUGGUUUCCCCUUGUCAGUGAUGCAGGACGGAGGGCCUGACAAGGACAGCUGCCUAUUCCUUCAGAUGAGACGAAAAACCGAGGUCCCGUGUAAACAUUGGAAUGCACGUAAAAGAUCCCUUGGCAGUUGGAAUUCGAUAUAAGAGUAGGCGAUAGUGCCGCUGCCCGGGCAAAAUUUCCCUCAUAGCACACUGUAUGGCGUAUGCCCGUCUUCAUUAGACCAGUAUAGGAGCAGAACAGUAGUACGUUAACCCCAUUUCAUUUCAUUUCAUUUCUAAUAUCUCUGUAAAAGAUGACUGCCUUCAACACGUGACGGCACAUCACGCGGCAUCAAUCAUUGGCUCAAUAGCGCGUGCAUUGUUUACACAAGACGUUACUGAUCCGGACAGAAUGGUGCCUUUUACUCAUUUUAAUACCCACUUACACUAAAAUAGGAAAUAAUUUUUACCUACUAAUACGUCAAACGUCUUUAUUUAUUUUUCUAAUACAUUAAAAAAAUGUUUUAGAAUUUUAUUUGUCGGAGAAAAAAGUUAAUAUUUGUGGCUCAUUAAGUCGCAUCGAUGUCAUCCUUAUCAGUGAUUGGAGCGGCCUAGCGAAUAUUCAAUGUUGAUCAGUGUGAGAGAGAGGGUUUAACGUCAACUUGACACAAACUAGGUCAUUUCUGGACUAACAAUUUUAUUUCAAUAAUUCGCUUGCGCGUAGGGAUCUUUAGCAGUAGGAGGAGACCGAAGGACCCGGAGAAAACCCACAAGGUUGGACAGGCGACCAUACUCCUUGUCAAGUACAACCGGGGAAUCGAAACAACGCCAGUUGACUCAUUGACAGACCUUAUGAAACAGAGCGCACGUGCUAAACAUUCGGCCAUCCAAAUGUGGUCAGCAAAAUCAACAUUUCUGUUCCUUCUAUCAAAAUUGGCCCAUCUAUUCGUUUCUACCAUAAUUGGGUCAUCUGUUCGGAUUGACUCAAAUUUACUAAUAAACCCAAAAUAAAUUUAAAAAAGUUUAUGCAAGAAUUAGAUAAAGAGUUGGCCGUUCUUACUGUAAUGGUUCAAAAAUAGAUAAUGCACAAUGAAUAUAUUGAAAAUUUCAUUCAAAUUACUUUAUUCUGAGCCAAGUUAUCAAUGUUUGUAGUUGUGGCAAGAUGUGAGCAUUGAUUGUUUAUUAUCGUAACCACAGUGCUGGUUAUUCGAGACCUGUUCUCACCCUUCCAUUUUUAAAUUAAAUCAAUGGCUGAACCGUUCCAAUCUACUUAAAAUCGGAGUCAUCCGAUGGCAUCGGGGGUUGAUUAUGGUUUUGUUAUGUUAAUAAAUGUCUAAUUAAUAAUUUAUAUAACAUUUAAGGCCUAAUUAAAGACCUGCAAUGUGCAGAUUUAGCUCUU